GCUGGGCCGGAAGGGCCCGGCGUCCGGUUAGCCAGGCCCAGGUCUCGCCGCCCCCGGGUCCGCAGAAGCUGUGGCGACGCCCGGGCCCAGGCGUCGGGAGGGAACCCAGGCCCGAGUCCGCGGAGGCGCAGGCGCCGGGCGGACGGGGGCCCAGGCCGUGGUCGUCGUCCUCCGCUGCCUGCGGCGGCCGCUGCCCCCAGCCAUGGCGCCCUCGCCGUCUUCACCGGGCCCGGCCCCGGUCCCGGUCCCCGCGGCCCUGCGACCCGCGCCCCCGGCGGCCGCCCCCACGUCGUACGGCGUCUUCUGCAAAGGGCUCUCCCGUACCCUGCUCGCCUUCUUCGAGCUGGCCUGGCAGCUGCGCGCGAGCUUCCCUUACGUCUACGUGGCGGGCUCCGUGGUGCUCAACGUCCGCCUGCAGGUACACAUCUAGACCUUGCCUGGGGCCGGCGUCAUGGCCGCCGCGCCCGCCGGCCCAGAGGUGACGGGAUCCCGAAAUCUCGCGAGAGGGCGCGGGAGCCUGUCGCGCUUGCGCACUUGGGUCCCCGGCGGUUCUUCCUGACGGGCGGUGGAGAUGGAAGACGUGGUUCCUUGCGGAGAACUUCCGUUCGGACCCGCGCCCCGCACACAGGCGGAUGGAUGGAUGGAUGGACGGACAGACGGACGUGGGGGGGGCAAGGUAGGAGGCCCGGAUGCCGCGUGAAAACAGCAGCAGGGGCGGCAUCCCCCCCCAAAGAAGUUGGAUGGACCGCACAGCUAGGGGCUGAUUAAAAGUUAAGACGCUUGCGGGCCUCGGGGUCUCGGGAGGGACCCGGAUGGAGGGGGGGGGUGGGGCCGGAGGGUCUACGUGAAUUUCCCGCCAAAACCUGGCAGCGCUGGGAAGGACCCACUGGGACUUGGCCGCGGGACCCCGGAGCUGGGGAAGGCAGUACCGACCGAGCGACGCCUCCGGGCGAAAUUGCAGCCAAUGCCCCCAGCGUGCGGCCGGCCUCAGCGGGAAAAAUGCCUGAAGAUGGAGCCGUCUCGGGAAGGACCGUUGGUACCGAAAGGAUGUAGUAGGGAGAUGUAGCACGUAGAUAUCUAGGUAGAUGCAUGUGUAUAUACAUAGAUGUCUCAUGUGUAUGUGUAUGCGCAGAGAUUACGUUUUCCAGAGAGUCUGGGGACUUCCCCUCUUCCCCCCCCCCCCCCACAAAGUUACGAAAACUCACUGAGGUCAUUGUCAACCUGUUAAAAAAUAAAAAGAAAAGGUCAAACAUGA